UCUUCUCUCCUCCCCCACUCCCUUCACUCAUUCCUACUAGUAGCUGAAAAGAAAGAGAAGCAUUACCAGCUUGCAGAAGGAAACUACAACCCCAUCGAUCUCCAUGGAAAUCUACGGUGACCUCGAGGCCGGCUGCCUCAGCCACUCCGUCUCGCCCAUCAAGCCGGCGUCCUCGCCGAGGAAGCCCGGGCCUGGCCGGCUCUUCUGCGACCCCUGCGACGACGCCGACGAGCUCCUCGGCCGCCACCACUACCUGGACAUCUGCUUCAGCUGCCGGAAGCUCCUCGCCGAGAACAAAGACAUCUUCAUGUACAGAGGUGACACGCCCUUCUGCAGCGAGGAGUGCAGGCAGGAGCAGAUCGAGAUCGACGAGGCGAGGGAGAAGCGGUCGAAUCAGACCGGGAGGGCGGAGGAGCAGCGGCAGAGGCAGCAGCGGAAGCAGAGCACCCCGAGGAUCCCGGUGUGGGCGUGGUAGCCAGGGCGGUUUUCCGGCGACCAAGCCGAGCGUAGGAUUUUCAUCUUUUUAGCAAGCAGUUCGUGAACAAAAGCUCGACGAUGAGUUGGGCGGUCCAGGUCCAGAUCUUAUGCCGUCCCCUGAACCGCAGCGAUCUCCGAAGAUGGAGAAGAAGAGUUUGUUUUGUGGGUGGAUUAUCACUGGUUUUUUGUUCUUGCGUCGCGUAAGGUGUACUAUAAUCUGUCGAUAUGAAAGAAAGGGAGAGGCAUAACAGAAGCUCUCUCAAUUUUCUCAUCA